CCAUGUUACAACUCCAUAUGUAACGUACGUUCCUUCUUCAAUCCAUCAUAAAUUCAAUUAAAAUUUUAUAAUGGAGUCACAGUAAGUUUUUUCCGUGUUUCUUUGUUUCCAUCCUGAACAACAAAUAUAGCAAGCACCACAAUAAUCAGUCAUAACAUUGAUAUCCCCUUCCAUUUUUUUUCUUGAAUGGUUCACAUUGGUCUCUAUCAUUUUACAAGGCAGCUAAACUACCUACUUUCUGCAUCUACUAACUACCUAUCUGUUCAAGAGCCGAUCCUAGGGAUCCUCCUGCAAAUCCCGGUGAAGUAAGCUCCAAAAAUCUACCUGCUGCUCAAAAUGAAUACUGACAAGAGCAGGAUUAUCUAUUUAAUUUAGAUAUGUCUUGUGAUCUCAUGUCUGAAUGGGACAUCCAACAGGCUCGUGAAAAGCCUGUUGCUGUCAUUGGGGUCAAAGAUGCGCAAUUAUCUGCCCCUGUUGGAGCCAACGCAUGGGGAUGGAAUGGGGUCAUGGCUGAAUGUCCAAUUCAACCGAUUCUCGUAUCAGUUUCUGUUGCUCUGCGACGAGCUUUCAAAAUGGCAUCUGAAGAUGAUGACAUUACGGAAGAUACUAUCCAUUAUGGUCGUAUCAGAUCUGCAAUCCUCGAAACUGUCCACAGAUAUAACACAAAACUCAAACCAGACAAUGCAGCGGAACUCUCUAUCAAGAAUAUCGUAACACAUCUUAUCGGUGCUCUUACCAUCAGGCACCACUUGACAGUUGGCAAAAAUGUCAAUUGGUCUUCAGUCAAAGUUAUGCUUCCAAAGUCAUCUUUACAUGGUGCUGGGACCAGUCUCACAAUGCAAACUAUUUACAGGGAAGAAAUAUUGGAAGACCAGGAACUGGGUUCCCCGGAGAGUAUUGGCGUUAUGGGACGUAGUCUUAGCCUUCGAAUCCAUGACCUUACAGUUCCCACCCUGAUAGGCAUGCUGGAAAAAGAGCGCUUCAGGAAACAGAAUGUGAUUGUGAAUGUUGAGGUGGACCGGUGGCUAUGGUAUGGAGAUUCACAUUGGGAUAUGGAGCAGAUAAUUGUGAAGGUAACUACUAGCCAGGCGCAUUUAUUGCUAUGUAUUUCUCACCAUGUGUACUAACUUCACCUUGAUAACUCUAGGCGAUGGAGGAAUCGUCGUUCCAGACUCUGGAAGCACUUGCAGAGCACAUAGGCAAACUUCUCACCAGAUACGUUUUGAUUCCUAAAAUCAUCGGAGCAGUCAGCACAGCAAGUUCCGAAGCUGCCAAGACGUGGGAAAGUUUCAGCGAUGACUACAAAAAGGUUCCAUGGGAGGAAACGGACGUAAAAGAUUUCUGUUCGAUCGUUAAUAUCAAAUUGGAGAAGCCAGGUAUAUAUAUGGAUACCAUACCAGGUGUUGAGAUGUCCAUGGACAUCCAACCGCAGUCCAACUCGCCAUAUUUUUAUUUGUGGGAAGACUACGAGAAGUUGAAAAUACCUGAACGCUCUUACAAUGGCACACUCAAGGACUGGAUUGCGGAGAAUUACCCCGACGAGCCACUGGCAUACCGUAAGCGAAAGUUAGAAGCCUCAGAAACCGAGCCCGCUAAGUCCAGAAAGACUACCGAAGAAGUCAAUUCUCAUCCAUCAUCUCCCAAUCCUACAGCCUCCUGAAAGUUGCAGAAGGGGGUCAAAGGUGGCUUUUGCCAACAUCAAAUCCUCCGGGUUCCAACUCUUCUGUCUUGGAUUCGCGAGCAUUGAAAUGGGAGCGCAUGGAUGUCAAUAGCGGUUAUUUCUUGGGAUGAGAAAAUCAUCUUUUAGGAUAAGUCGAGUUCGCAUCUUCAUGUAUUGAUCUACUUUACGUACUUUAGGUGCAACGCUACGGAAACAUGUGCCAGAUAUCCUGCUCAUGCUUAGAUUAGUGUAGUAUUGCACAUCAUUGGAUCAAAAAAGACAGCUCAUUCAUUAACUAUGCGACAGGUUUCUUGUGACUACUGAUUGUGUAUGUUUCUUACUAUUGCGAUUUAUGAAUGGACAUCGAGUUAUGAGUAAGUGCGAAAUAAGGAUGGUUCA